AACCCUUCGUCCUUUGUGAAUCCAAGUUUCAGAGGAUAACAUGUUAUUAAAACGGUUUAAAACCGACUUACAUACAUUCGAACGAAUGUUUACAAGAGAACAUACAAUUACGUACACAGUAGUGCGCUCAGAGAACCUGUAGACCAGACUAUAUAAUGAAAAUGUUGAUUUGUAUAUACGCCUGCGUGUAUAUAUAACAUGAAUAUACACAUAACACAUACAUACAUAUCUGUGUGCAUGUAUGCAUGUAUACACACACACAUACAUAUAUAGUUAUAUACUUGAGAGAGAGAAAGAGAGAUUAAUAAUUGCUAUAUAUGUGUAUAAAAAAUAUAAAGAAAUUUCCAUUUGGAGAAAAUUUAAUUUCUACACAGGCACCUGUUUAAUUUUUUUUUAAAUUUCACGAAAGAAAGUUAUUUAUAAUAUCUUAAUUUUCUAUUAAAAAAUUAUUAAUAUUCCUUUCUGUGUAAAGAUAAAGACACUAAAAUAAUGUAUGAAGUUUAUUGAACGGAAAGAAGCGAAGCUACCACCAUUCGUGGAAGCCUCUUCAGUCGACUGCCACGGCGGCAAUAAUUUAUCCCGUCUCUCACCUUCUUCACAUCCAGGUCUCCUUUCAGAGCACAGAAACAAUGAAGAUUUUGGAGAGCUUUGGGGCAGAAGUACUUUUCCGGAUUCUUUUCUUCCUAUUGUAUUUAUACACAGAUAAUCUGAAGCCAUUUGAAAGACAUAUUCAACCAGAAGAAUUAUGGUUGUAUAAGAAUCCUGAAACUCCCAGUUAUAUUCCGGUUAAAUUUUUGUGGGUCAUUGUAACUAUUUUACCUUUAGUUUCAAUUGUGUCUGCUUAUAUCAGGAACAGAAAUAAAACAGAUGUGACAUGUGCUGUUUUGGGUGUGACUUUAUCUAUAUUCUUUACUGCUUCUCUUACAAAUGUGAUAAAAAUCAUUUUUGGACGGCCCCGUCCUGACUUCUAUUGGCGGUGUUUCCCUGAUGGGAAAUUCGUUGCUGGCAUGUUGUGUACAGGUUUACAGGAGAAAAUCACUGAAGGUCGGAAAAGCUUUCCAAGUGGACAUUCCUCAAUUGCUUUCUCUGGUUUAGGGUUUACAACUCUAUAUUUAUUUGGGAAACUACAUUAUUUUGGACAACAUGGUUUUGGAAGUACCUGGCGCUUUAUCACCUGUAUCACUCCCAUAUUCAUUGCUAUGUUAGUGGCUCUGUCGCGUGUCUGUGAUUAUCACCACCAUUGGCAAGAUGUCACGGUUGGAUCGUUACUUGGAUUUAUAGUUGCCUACAACUGUUAUCGUCAGUGUUAUCCUGCAUUGAACUCUAAUUUCUCCCAUAUGCCAUUAUCAUCAAUCCCAUCAUAUGAAGCAAACCUUGAAUCCAACACGAUAGCAUGGGUUGGACGAUUUGACUGAGGACUGGUGAAACCAGAUGGCUACACCAGGCUCCAAUCUGAUUUGGCAGAGUUUCUACAACUGGAUGCCCUUCCUAACGCCAACCACUCAGAGAGAGUUCAGUGUUGUGCGUGAUGAAAGCCAUAAUUGCCGUCUGUUUCUGCUUGUGCAUAUUUAAUUCAUACACCCUUUCAUAUAAGCAAAAUCCUGUUAAAUCUGACGAUUUGUUUGACGAACAGAAAGAUUUUGACAAAAAAGUCAGAACUAAGAGAAGGCUGCCUAUUUGUUCAAAGUAUUGUAACCCCGCUUUGCCGCCGAAUGAAGAUUCAUGCUGUAAAUAUCAUGAAAAUCCUCUUGAUAUUUAACGAUAAGAAUACAAUGGGAAUUUUUUAAUCAUCGAAUGAUUAUGAAGGUCCGGCAGAGUAAAAGAAGAAUUAAAGGGAUCCAUUUUUCAAAAAUGGUUGAAAACCGCUGCAAUAGAGAAACAUCAAAUGUGAAUUUAGUCUUUCAUUUUCAUUAGCAAUUAAUUGAAGCCUCAGAGGAGUCUCUUGUUUGGAUCAAACUUGAAUUGUGAGAACUUACAAAGAAAAACAAAAAAACAAAAAAAAAAACAAAACAAAAGACGAAGACCGGUGUGUAAACAACAAACAGACGUGAGAAAGUCUUUAACGUUUCGAGCCUAUGCUCUUCGACAGAAAGGAACACAGAAAUAAACAGGAAGAGUAAAUAGAAAAAGGUUUAUAUACAGACAUACAUACAUUCAUAUACGUAUGUAUAUAUAUAUAUAUAUAUAUACAUAUAUAUUUACAUCCAUACAUCCAUACAUACAUACAUACAUCCAUAUAUGUAUGUAUAUAUUUAUAAUUGUAUGUAAAUAUUCUUUUUUUCAGUAUCAUUGUAGAUACAUUAUCUUUGAAUAAAGAACGUAAUCGGCGAAGCUAAAA